AUGUCAGGAAGCCCCCUUGACAACAGAAAUACAGGUGAGUUGUCAGCAUUACCGGGAUUUUUGGACAGACAUAUCUGUCGAGGAAUAGUCUUAGAGGUGAAGGAGGAUUCAAUCUUUUCAAUACCAGGCACGGCAUCAGAUCGAGCCGCUGGCAAAUGCCAGCGGAAGGAGCGUAACGAAAAGGAGAUGAAAAAGAAACGAAAUAUCGAGAAAACGGUGAAAUGUGCCGAAGAAACGAAUAUAACUGCAUCAUUUCAAGAUUUUGGCUUCGAUGAGCGUUUAUUAAAGGCUAUCGGAGAGUUGGGUUGGGAACGUCCAACAUUCAUACAGCAGAAUAUGAUCCCACUGAUUCUGGAAAAUAAGAAUGUAACUGCUAGGGCUCGUACAGGAAGUGGUAAAACUGCUGCCUUUAUGCUUCCGAUUAUUGAAAAAGUUAUCCAGUUACGAAAUAUGUCUUCUAACGAGAAACUUUAUGGUCCUUUUGCUUUAUUUAUCUCACCAACAAAGGAACUUUCCAAACAAGCUUAUAUUUUGCUGAAUAAAUUGACUUCGACUUUCCCUUUUUUGAAUUCUAUGAAUUUUGCUGAACUCGAUGCGGCGAAUGAAGAUAUUUGGCUUAAGGAGCAUCCUGAUAUGAUUGUUUCAACACCCGGUCGACUCUUACAUGCUUUAAAUAAACUACCUGAUUUCUGUAAAAACGUUCGUCAUGUUGUUUUAGAUGAAGCUGAUUUAUUAUUAUCUUAUGGAUAUGAAGCGGAAAUGAAGCGAUUAAGAAGUUUUCUUCCUCAGCAGUAUCAAGUUAUUUUCACUUCAGCUACUUUAAACGAAGAUAUCGGACCCAUAAAAAAUCUGUUUGCUAAUGGGAAAGUGGUUGUUUUAAGGCUAAAAGAAAGUCAGUUACCUGGCCUUGACCAGUUAACUCAGUACCACAUAUGUUGUCAAAAUGAUGAAGAGCGUUUCGCCAUAUUUAUUUCCUUAUUUAAAUUGAAGCUGAUUGUUGGAAAGUCUAUUAUUUUUGUAUCAAAUACUAAUAGAUGUUAUCAGUUAGGUUUAUUUUUACAAGGGUUUAAAAUUCGUUCAUGCAUACUUAACGCUGAAAUGCCUGUCAAUAGCCGUUGCAAUGUGAUUAAAGAAUUUAAUGAUGGUAAAUAUUAUAAUAUAAUUGCAUCUGACAUACAUGAUGUUAUAGAGGAAUUCAGUCCCAAUCUUGCUAAGAACAUGUUUCAGAAAAAGAAUAAAAAUCUGAAAAAAAAGUUACCAAGGCACAUGGAUAAAGAAUCGGGUGUGGCACGUGGUAUCGAUUUCCAUCAUGUUUCAAACGUUAUAAACUUUGAUUUCCCAACAUCUGUCGACUUAUAUAUUCAUCGAGUUGGCAGGACGGCAAGAGGAUGGAAUAAAGGUACGGCUUUAUCAUUCGCUAUACCAGAUGAACGUCCUUAUUUAGAAGAGAUUCAAAAAGAGAUCAAUGAACAAUUAGGAGACAAUGCCAUUGUGCCUUACGAGAUACGCAUUAAGGAUCUCGAAUCCUUUUUACUACGAACUAGGGACGUCCUUGCUGCUUGUACGCGGACCGUGAUACGUGAAGCUAGACUGGCUGAAAUUAGAGCAGAAAUAUUAAGGUCGAAACGACUUGAAACAUAUUUUGCGAAGAAUCCACGAGAAAAAAGCACUCUGGAGCAUGACAGAAAAUUAUACACAUUAUCUCUACAUUCACCAGCUAUCGCAGAUGUUCCUAAUUAUAUAGUACCAAUUUCACUUCGUGGUAAAGCAGUUGAUGUCGAAAGGCCAAAAAAUAACAGAAAACGGCACCAAAGAAAUGAAAAAGAACGUCUCACUUUUAAUCAGAAAAGGUUUAAACGUAAACAAGAAGAUCCAUUGCAAAGUUUUAGCAUUUGA